GAUUUCUUCAAAAAGUUCCUCUAUGAGCCCCUUCCGGUGGAGUCUCACCUUGACCACUGCAUGCACGAUCACUUCAAUGCUGAGAUUGUCACCAAGACCAUUGAGAACAAGCAGGAUGCGGUGGACUACCUCACCUGGACCUUCCUGUACCGCAGGAUGACCCAGAAUCCCAAUUAUUACAACCUACAAGGCGUGUCCCACCGGCAUCUCUCUGAUCACCUUUCCGAGUUAGUGGAGCAAACGCUGAGUGACCUGGAGCAGUCCAAGUGCAUCAGUGUGGAAGAUGAAAUGGACGUGGCGCCUCUGAAUCUGGGCAUGAUCGCAGCUUAUUAUUACAUCAACUACACCACCAUCGAACUCUUCAGCAUGUCCCUGAAUGCCAAGACCAAAGUGAGAGGUCUGAUUGAAAUUAUCUCCAACGCUGCGGAAUAUGAGAAUAUUCCUAUUAGGCACCACGAGGACAAUCUCUUGCGGCAGCUGGCCCAGAAAGUGCCCCACAAGCUGAACAACCCCAAAUUCAACGAUCCCCACAUCAAAACCAACCUCCUUUUGCAAGCGCAUUUGUCGCGGAUGCAGCUAAGCGCAGAGCUCCAGUCAGACACCGAGGAGAUCCUGAGCAAGGCCAUCCGGCUGAUCCAAGCCUGCGUCGAUGUCCUGUCCAGCAACGGCUGGCUGAGCCCCGCCCUGGCGGCCAUGGAGCUGGCCCAGAUGGUCACCCAGGCCAUGUGGUCGAAGGACUCCUACCUGAAGCAGCUGCCGCACUUCACCUCCGAAAACAUCCGGCGUUGCACCGAGAAGGGAGUGGAGAGCGUGUUCGACAUCAUGGAGAUGGAAGACGAGGACCGCAAUGUCCUGCUCCAGCUCUCCGACGCCCAGAUUGCAGACGUGGCUCGCUUCUGCAACCGCUACCCCAACAUCGAGCUCUCCUACGAGGUGGUGGAAAAGGAGAGCAUCCACAG